AGUCAUGUGUCAAUGUCAAUUCUGACUGGUAUACUAAUGCGCUGCUCUUUAUUAUUAGAUGGCUGUGACACAACUGACAACAGGGAAAUUUUAUUAGUUUCCCCUGCCCAGAAGAUUUUCUAAGUUUCUAACAGUUUUCCUAUAACUUGAAGCGAAAAGAUGAUCACAUCUUCACUACUCGGCAGCCUCCGAGUUGCCCGGGCCUCGGUCGUGGUCACAAGGAACUUGGCAGCAACCUCAAAAGCUACAGAUCCCAUUCAACAGCUCUUUUUAGACAAAAUUAGGGAAUACAAACAGAAAAGCGCAGGUGGUAAGCUAGUAGAUCCCAGUCCUGCCGUUCAAAAGGAGUUGAAGAAUGAAUUGGAAAAGCUAGAAAAACAAUUUGGUGGAGGAUCCGGUGUAGACAUGACAGCAUUCCCUUCUUUUAAAUUUGAAGAUCCCAAAUUGGACUCAAUUAAUGAACAAGCCCCCGCUAAGAAGUAAACUAACUAGUUGUAUUGAAUGGUAAAUAAGCUGCCGUGUUAGGUAAUAAAUGAUAAAUUAAA